AUGUCGAGUUGGUUAGAACAAGCAAAAAAAGCUACAAAAAGAUUCUCUGAGAUGAUGUAUUUGCCAUCUGAAGACUUGAAGGAUGUAGAAAGAGAAUUGGCUGUUGAGGACUGUUGUAAAAAUGCUGCGGAUGUCCCCACUGAUCAUUCUGACGCGGAAGAAGGAAAAUUGGUAGAUUCUCAAUCAAACCUAAAACAGGUUGCUGCAGAUUCUGCAAAAGAUGCGAUUGAAGCUGCGAAAAAGUUGGCAAGUUCUGUAUUUCUUUUUGCGAAAGAGGCAACUGUUAAAGCAACGGUGACUGCAGAGGAGACUGCAAGGAAAUUUCAAUCAGUUGUCGCUGAAAAGACAAUCAUAGGUGAGCUCGACAAAGAACAGGAGAAAUUUGCUGCUUAUGUGGAUGCUAAUAAGCUGAUAACUGGAGCGCUUCCCUGGUCAGAUUUACCUGAUCAGCCGAUUGCAAAAAAGCAUAUAUUGGCCCUCUCUCUGGAUACUCGAAACUUUCUUCGAGAUCCUCCUACGGAAACCAAUUUUGAUUUUCAAAGAAUGCAAACCGUAGCUGCAGCGUUGAUGGAGGAAGACCCAAACUUGCGUAAAGUCCGUUAUCAGUUGGUCCCAAAACAAGUGAGUGAAGAAACGUUCUGGAGGAACUAUUUUUAUCGUAUUUCUUUGGUACGACAGUCAAUUCUUGGACAACACAACAUGGUUGAAGAAGAACCUAUCUGCUCCAGAGAGAAAGAAGAGGAAGAUAACAAGAAUCCAUCUGUAGAAGAUUCUGCUGGGACGUCAUCAAGCGAAAAUCAGACAGAUGACAAAAACAUCCCAGAUUCAAGUAAGAAUGAUGAUAAAGACCAGUCUGAUGCUAAGAACUUGGAACAAAUCAAGGAGAUGGUUGCGGCUGCAAAGGAAAAAGAGAGAGAUGAAGAAUGGGAAGAAGAAAUAUUGCAUGAGUUGAAUGAUUACGAAAUGGUGGCUAAAGAAACUGGAAAAAGCGAGGAACAGUGGGAAGAAGAAAUUAAUGAACUUUUAAACACUUCUUAG